CCCCCAUCCACUCCGCUCCCCACCACCGCCGCCUCCACCCACCCCCACAUCCCCAACGGAGGACGCAUCGGGUCUGCCCCGCCGCCGCAUGCAGCCCUCCACCGCCCGACGCCGCGGCCCCGACGCGCCCUUCUCGCGCGGCGUAUGGCGGCCCCGAUCCGCCGCACCCGCCGCGGAGGCCCCUGCCCCCGCCCCCGCUCCCGCGCCCCGCCCCAACCCCGCCGCCUACGCGCCUCCCCACCACCGCGACAACGCCGCCCCGCUCCUGCCCCUCCCCAACCCCAACCCAAACCCUGCCUCGGACAGCCGCCCGCCCCGCCGCCGCCAGCGCCGCCCGAACCACAACGACGGCCGCGCCCCGCCGCCGCAGGAGAGGGCUCCCCCGUCCGCGCCCGCCAACGCCAACGCCUCCGCGCCGCGGCAGAUGAGGGCGAACGCUCCCGCGCCCGCGCCAGCGGCGGCGGCGGGGGGCGGGGCGGUGCCGCAGCUGGUGCAGGAGAUCCAGGACAAGCUGGCGCGGGGGGCGGUGGAGUGCAUGAUCUGCUACGACAUGGUGCGCCGCUCCGCCCCCGUCUGGUCCUGCGGCAGCUGCUUCGCCAUCUUCCACCUCCCCUGCAUCCGCCGGUGGGCCCGCUCGCCGGCCUCCGCCUCCGACGACCCGGCCUCCGACUCCUGGCGCUGCCCCGGCUGCCAGUCCGUGCAGGACGUCCCCGCCCGCGACAUCGCCUACACCUGCUUCUGCCGGCGCCGCCGCGACCCGCCCAACGACCUCUACCUCACCCCUCACUCCUGUGGCGAGCCCUGCUCCAAGCCGCUCGACAGAGCAGACCCUGCCGCCAAGGGCGAUGAUGAUGAUGUUGCCACCAGGUGCCCGCACCUCUGUGUCCUGCAGUGCCACCCUGGCCCAUGCCCGCCUUGCAAGGCGUUUGCUCCGGAGCGCCCGUGCCCUUGCGGCAAGCAGUCUAUCACUCGUCGAUGUGCGGACCGGAUUACGGCUGUCACGUGUGGGCAGUCGUGCGAGAAGCUGCUACCCUGCGGGAGGCACCAUUGCGACAAGGUCUGCCACACCGGCCCGUGCGGGGAAUGCGAGGUUGAUUACCCUGCGCUCUGCUUCUGUGGCAAGAAAACAGAGACAUUGUUGUGCGGCGAGAUGGUGCUCAAAGGGAAGCUGUCGGACAAGGAUGGGGUGUUCUCUUGCAGCGAGGUUUGUGGCCACAAACUGGCAUGUGCCAAUCAUGCCUGUCAGGAUGUUUGCCACCCAGGGCCAUGUGGGGAGUGUGAGCUUAUGCCAGCGAAGGUCACCACAUGCCAUUGUGGCAAGACAAGGCUGCAGGAGAAGAGGACUAGCUGCUUGGACCCAAUCGCCACCUGUGACAAGGUAUGCGACAAGAGAUUGCCGUGUGGACUGCAUAGGUGCAAGGGCACGUGCCACGAAGGAGAGUGCCCACCGUGCUUGGUGCGUGUCGAGCAGAGGUGCCGCUGUGGCUCAUCAGGCCAGAUGGUGGAGUGCUACAAGGUCUCCAAGGAAGAGUUCCGUUGCAACAAGCCUUGUGGCCGCAAGAAGAACUGUGGGAGGCACAGGUGCAGUGAGUGCUGUUGCCCGCUGUCGAAGCCAUUUGCUCAGCAUCAAGGUGAGAGCAUGGAUCCCCAUUUCUGCCAGAUACCAUGUGGCAAGAAGCUCCGGUGUGGACAGCAUGGAUGCCAGCAUCUCUGCCACAGCGGUCACUGCGACCCUUGCCGUGAGACCAUAUUCAAUGAUCUCUCUUGUGCGUGUGGCAGGUCAUCUAUUCCGCCACCGCAGCCUUGCGGCACACCAACUCCAUCAUGCCCACACCAGUGCAUUGUCCCUCAGCCUUGUGGACACCCAGCUUCGCACCAAUGCCAUUUUGGGGACUGCCCACCUUGCGUUGUGCCAGUCAUGAGAGAGUGCGUUGGGGGACAUGUGAUGUUAAGGAACAUCCCUUGUGGUUCAAAGGAUAUCAGAUGCAACCAGCCCUGUGGAAAGAACCGUCAAUGUGGACUGCAUGCUUGUGCCAGGCCUUGCCAUCCUUCCCCUUGUGAUCCACCGCCCACAAAUGGAGAAGCUAGUUCAAGCUCCGGGGGCAAAGUUUCAUGUGGACAAUUAUGUGGUGUCCCAAGGAGGGAAUGCAAGCACACUUGCAACGCCCCAUGCCACCCAUCGUCGCCUUGCCCAGACGUGAGAUGUGAACAUCGUGCGACUAUUACCUGUUCUUGUGGCCGUAUCAGUACAACUGUACCCUGCAGUGCUGGUGGAGCCUACAAUGGUGAUAGUACGUUUGAUAUCUCCGUCAUCCAGCAGCUGCCAAUGCCUCUCCAACCAGUGGAAUCAAAUGGGAAAAGGGUACCUCUUGGGCAGAGGAAACUCUGUUGUGAUGAGGAGUGUGUAAAAGUGGAGCGGAAACGAGUCCUUGCUGAAGCUUUCGACAUUACCCAGCCCAAUCUGGAUGCAUUGCAUUUUGGUGAGAACUCAAAUGCGUCGGAUUUGGUUUCUGAUCUUUUCCGGCGUGAGCCAAAGUGGGUGCUGGCCAUAGAGGAGAGGUGCAAGUUCCUUGUCCUUGGGAAAACAAGGGGGAAUUCUUCAAGCAACAUGAAGUUCCAUGUCUUCUGUCACAUGAUGAAGGAUAAGAGAGAUGCUAUCAGGCUCAUUGCAGAUAGGUGGAAGCUUUCUGUCCAGGCAGUUGGUUGGGAGCCAAAGCGUUUUGUUACCGUCCAUGUGACACCCAAGUCGAAGGUUCCUGCUCGUGUUCUGGGCUCCAAGCCUGGUGUCCCUGUCUCGGCGGCCCAUCCUUACUUUGACCCCAUGGUGGACAUGGAUCCGAGGCUCGUUGUCGCAAUGCUGGACCUGCCAAGGGAUGCUGAUGUUAACUCUCUAGUGUUAAGGUUUGGUGGGGAGUGUGAAUUGGUUUGGCUGAAUGACAAGAAUGCUGCUGCAGUCUUCAGUGAUCCAGCUAGAGCUGCAACCGCGCUGAGGCGGCUCGAUUAUGGGUCUGCUUACCAGGGUGCUGCAAUGUUUUGCCCAAGCAGCAUCACCCAGGCCUCCUUGUCGAGCAAUGUGUGGGUUGGAGCACCGAGAGAUGGAGGGUUGGCCGCAGUGAGCAGUGCCAGUCCAUGGAAGAAGGACUCUCCCUCUGAGCUGAAACCGAACCCGCAUGCAGUGAUGACAGUGCUUGGUCGUGCCCCAGGGACAAGUGUGCUUGGUCAUUCCCCAGGAUCAGUGUGGAAACCUGCUGUUCAGGUCACGAGUUCAAACCGGUGGAAUGCUCUGGAGUCUGAUGCUGCAACAAGCUCUGGGUCAACCGACAAACCUAAGCCUCCUCUUCGCACUGACACGGGAUCCAGCACUUCCGCUCCUGGUGUUGGCGCAGAACCAAGUGCUGGGCAAUCUGUGAGCAAGUUGCAGCCGGACAUCGAAGUGGAAGACUGGGAAGAAAUCGUGUGAAUGACGAGACCGAGGUAGUUUGGUCAAGAUGAGUCGCUUUUAUUCAGAUCUCAUUUUCUCUCUCUAAUAUAUGAUGUAGUAUAUCGAAGCUGUUAUUUUGUCACCUUUGAAGUAGUUCCUGGUCGGUGCCGGUUGACUGUUCAGUUGGAAUUAUCUUUUGUCAUGAAAUAAACAGUGAACCCGUCCUCA